AUGGUAGUUGUUGGAGGAGCUGUAGUUGUGGUAGUUGUUGGAGGAGCUGUGGUUGUGGUGGUAGUUGGAGGAGCUGUGGUGGUGUUGUUGGAGGAGCUGUGGUGGUGGAGCUGUGGUGGUGGUGGUUGUUGGAGGAGCUGUAGUUGUGAUAGUUUUGUUGGAGGAGCUGUGGUUGUGGUGGUUGUUGGAGGAGCUGUGGUUGUGGUGGUUGUUGGAGGAGCUGUGGUUGUGGUAGUUGUUGGAGGAGCUGUGGUUGUGGUGGUAGUUGGAGGAGCUGUAGUUGUGGUGGUUGUUGGAGGAGCUGUAGUUGUGGUAGUUGUUGGAGGAGCUGUAGUUGUGGUAGUUGUUGGAGGAGCUGUGGUUGUGGUAGUUGUUGGAGGAGCUGUAGUUGUGGUAGUUGUUGGAGGAGCUGUGGUUGUGGUGGUAGUUGGAGGAGCUGUAGUUGUGGUGGUUGUUGGAGGAGCUGUAGUUGUGGUAGUUGUUGGAGGAGCUGUAGUGGUGGUAGUUGUUGGAGGAGCUGUGGUUGUGGUGGUAGUUGGAGGAGCUGUGGUUGUGGUGGUUGUUGGAGGAGCUGUGGUUGUGGUAGUUGUCUCUACAGCGUAA